UCGCGCCUCGCCCCGCCCCAGCGGCCGGAAGGGGCGGGGCCGGGCGUGACGUGGCGGGAUGGCGGAGUCCUACGUGAAGCCGGGGAACCGGGAGCGCGGCUGGAACGACCCCCCCCAGUUCUCGUAUGGGCUGCAGGCGCAGGCYGGGGGCUCCCGCCGGACCCCGCUCACCCGCCGGGCUCCCCCCCCGCCCGCGGGGGCACCCCCAGGUGCCCCCCCGGAGCCGCCCAGUGCCCCCGCUGACCCCGCAGCGCCGCCCCCCCGGGCGCUGGGGCCGCCCCCGCAGGGUCCUGUCGGCGCUGCCCCGCGGGCCGAGGGCCGGCAGAGCGCGGCGUGCCCGGAGCAGGAGGAGUGCAGCGUGUCCGCCGACACCGUCCUCGCCCCGCUGCGGGCAGCCCUGGACGCCUGCCGGGCCACGGUGCAGAAACAAGUGUGCAAUGACAUCGGGCGGCGGCUGACAGUGCUGGAGGACGCGUGGGCUCAGGGGAAGCUGUCAGCACCAGUGAGGAAGAGGAUGAGCCUCCUGGUGCAAGAGCUUCAGCAGCAGCGCUGGGAUGCGGCUGAUGAGAUCCACCGCUCACUCAUGGUGGACCACGUGAACGAGGUGAGCCAGUGGAUGGUGGGCGUCAAGCGCCUGAUCGCGGAGAGGCGGGACCUGCCCACCGGAGAGACGGACAGCGCUGACACCGAGACCACAACCGAGACCACGACAGAGACCGAGCCGGGGCAGGAGGAGCCCUGACACCAGGGACGGGGCUGUGGACUGUGAGCGGGGCAGCCCCUGCCCAGGGCCACCGGCAGGAACAGGGCCCCUGCUGCUGCAGGGCAGGGUCUGGGCACCCCCUCUGCCUCCCAAUCCUCAUCCAGGAAAAGGGGAUUUUAAUCAUUGCGACAUUUUAGUGGCGAUUCAUUAUGUUUAAUAAACAACACYAACCUGCCCCCUCCCACAGUCUGCCUGAGGGUUCU